CCGGGCUGAGGGCUGGGGAGCCAGCGAGCAGGAGCACGGUCACCCGGUGGAGGAAUCUGGGAGAGAGCUCAGGGAUCGGCAGCUGAGGUUUCUCAUCCAGGCUGUGUGUCCUUCCUCCCGGGCGAGGUUGCUCGUACAGCAAAGGACCCCAGCUGUUGAACAGACGGCCCGGAGAGCACCCCGCUGCCCCUUGCCAGGAACAGAUGUCUCUUUCCUGGGGCGAUAGCAUUCAGGUCCACGAGGAAAUUUUCUUACCGGCAGCUCCUCUAACAUAGAAGGGAGAUCGGGCCAGAGAUCGCUGGGAAGUCUGCGACCAUGCCAACCUCUUCCACACAACUGCCAGCCCUUGACUCUAUGAACUCCACCCAGGAACCCAACUCCAGCAUCUAUUUGUUCUCCAAGUUCAUCCACCCUGACAAAGAACUGUACACAGAAUUUUACAGUCUGUGGAUUGCCCUGAUGAUAGUCAAUGCCAUCAUUUUCCUGGUGGGAGUCGUGCUGAACAGCUUGGCGCUGUAUGUCUUCUGCUUCCGUACCAAGAACAAAACCACCUCUGUUAUUUACACCAUCAACUUGAUUGUUACUGAUCUCUUGGUGGGCUUUUCCUUGCCUGUCCGGAUCAUCAUGUUCUAUAGUGCAGGGGACUGCCUAAAUUGUUCUUUGGUUCAUAUCUUUGGCUACUUUGUCAACAUGUACUGCAGCAUCCUCUUCUUGACGUGCAUCUGCGUUGACCGCUAUCUGGCAAUUGUACAGGUGGAGGCCUCACGUAAGUGGAGGAACCCCACUUGUGCCAAGGGCAUCUGUGUCUUCAUUUGGAUCUUUGCCACUGCAGUGACUUUCUCUAUCCUGACCAUGGCAAUAAAGUUUGCUGAGUGCUGCCUCUCCAAGAUUCUCGUCCUGAUGGUCUGCGAGUACUUCUUCCCCCUCAUCAUAAUCAUCUUCUUCACCACCAGGAUUAUGUGUGCUCUGUCCAAGCCCAGCCUCAUGCACCAGAGUCGGGAGAGGAGAAUGAGGGCUGUGCAACUCCUUAUCACCGUCCUCAUCAUCUUCAUGAUCUGCUUCACUCCUUUUCACGUGCGACAGGUAGCAAUCUCCAUCAACACAGGCAUGGCCCAUGAUGCCAGCCUCCUCGUCUACCAUGUGACGGUGACUCUGAGUAGCCUCAACAGCUGCAUGGACCCCAUUGUCUACUGCUUUGUCACCAAUAACUUUCAGUCAACCAUGAAAAACAUCUUCAGGAAAACCGAAGCAGAGCAAACCAGCGUGGACAUCCUGGGUAUGAACAAGAACUCCAAGGGCCCCAAUGCAAUCAUUGCCUUCACAAACACAAUAGGAAGCCCUGUGAGCUUGCCAUCACCGAGCAGUGUCCAGAUAUAACCCACACCCGACGGGACACGCUGCAGUAAACCAGUGUAAUGCUGCUGGAAUAUUGCUAGGGUGCAUGGUACCGUUGUCUUUGACGUCUUUGUUUUUCAGGCUGAGGUUCAGAAUGACGGUGGUGGAAUUUAUUCCUCAAGAACAUCGUGGUCUGUUUGGAAAAUGGAACUUGGAGUGCUGUUAGUACCAAUACAAAAAAAGAGUCUAUUAAUUACUGAUCCCAACAGGAAAGUUUUCUUUGUAUUUUAAUACAGACAUUUUGCUAGCAACAAA